AUGGAGGCUGAGCUUUUGCCUUCUGAGGCCUGGUCCAGCGGGACAGCAGAACCCACCACACCCUGGUUGAUGGAGCUUAGCAGUAUUGGGCCCAGCACAGAUGGUGCCCUUCCAGUUGGGAUGCAGCUGUGGAUCUUCAACAGCAGUGGAGAGGAGGACACCUCACCCCCAUUUCUGACGGACGCCUGGCUUGUACCUGUCUUCUACGCCCUCAUCAUGCUGCUUGGUCUGGUGGGGAACUCACUGGUCAUCUAUGUCAUCAGCAAGCACCGCCAGAUGCGCACAGCCACCAACUUCUACAUUGCAAACCUGGCUACCACUGACAUCAUUUUCUUAGUGUGCUGCGUUCCCUUCACCGCCACACUCUAUCCCCUCCCCAGCUGGGUGUUUGGGGACUUCAUGUGCAAAUUCGUCAACUAUUUGCAGCAGGUGACCGUGCAGGCUACGUGCAUCACUCUAAUGGCAAUGAGUAUGGACCGCUGCUAUGCUACACUGUACCCACUGCAAUCACUCCGUUAUCGGACCCCCCAGGUAGCCAUGGCAGUCAGCUUUGCGAUCUGGAUUGGUUCCUUCAUUCUCUCAUUGCCCAUGGCUGUGUACCAUCGCACUGAGGUCGGCUACUGGUACGGCUUGCGCACCUACUGUAUUGAGGCAUUCACAAGCAAGAGCCAGGAGCGCAUCUUCAUUCUAUACACUUUCUUGGCUGUCUAUCUGUUGCCCCUCCUCACUAUCUGCCUUUGCUACUCUAUCAUGCUCAAGCGCCUUGGGCGCCCUGUGGUGGAACCCAUGGACCAUGAUUACCAGCAGGUGCAACAUAUAUCUGAGCGCUCAGCUGCCAUGAGGGCCAAGAUUUCCAAGAUGGUGGUGGUGAUUGUGCUGCUGUUCACCAUUUGCUGGGGUCCUAUCCAGCUUUACUUGCUCUUCCAGGGCUUCUACCGCCACUUCCAAGCCAACUAUGAGACCUACAAGAUCAAGACGUGGGCCAAUUGCAUGUCAUAUGCCAACUCGUCUCUCAACCCCAUUGUCUACGCUUUCAUGGGAGACAGCUUCCGCAAAUCCUUCAAGAAGGCUUUCCCCUUCCUGUUCCGGCAGCGGGUUGGGGACAACGGAGUGCACUCAGGCUGCCGCAAUGCAGAAGUGAAAUUCGUCAUGGAGGGAACUUAACCCUUU